CUGCAGACUUGUGGAAAUGCUUAUUCGAUUUUUCGUCGAUUUGUCGAGCAAUUCGUGUAGAAGGUACAGCAGCGAAGAUCUUCGAUAGUUGCUUCUGUGUAGUAUUUCGAUUCUUUCACAGACUAGACAUUUGCCUUCUUCAGAUUGAGUGUGUGAAGAGCCCAGAGUGAAGCAGGCGAAGCAAGGUUGUAAGAAGAGCGACUACACCCGCUCUAGCGAUAAGCGAGCAUGUCGCCGCCCGUCGACCAUCGUAGUACUUGGCCGUAUUUCGGCCCCCGCGGUACCUGCAGCCUGCUGGUGUUGGUUGGCCUCAUUUCCGGAGAACCCGGCUCCGGGUUGAUGUUUGUAAGCGGGCUGCAGCAGAACACGAAGAAGCAGACGAUGAAAACCACACAACUCCGGGGCGCGGGGUCUUCCACCAAUCAUGAUGAAGCUGCCGCUGCCGCUCCCGCUGGCGACAUGGAUCCGGCCGAGCUGCCGAAGAAGCCCGAAGAUGAGUCGUCGACCACCGCUGCAACGACCCCAGCUACAACCUCGGCGUGCUGUGGUGGCGACACGGCUGCGCCCGCUGGUGGUGCGGCUACUCCGUCUACUGCAGUGGCCGCCGGCGGUUUGGAAGACGAGAACGACGGUAAGAACGAGGACAAAGCAAUGGCUGCCUCUGUUGCGGUUGCCGCGGAUGGUGAGGCCGCUGCGGAGAUGGUCGACACCGCUGGGAAGAACAACACCAUGGGGAACAGCACUGCAAUCAGCUACGAAGAGAUGGAGGCGGCGUGCCUGUACGCUGCGGACACCGACGGGGACGGGCAGGUCAGUGCGGAGGAGUGCCAGACCUUCUGCGAAGGCGGUCUGGAUGAGAGGACCGGUGUCCUCGCCGUGGAGUCGUCGUUCGUGCAAAGUGGGGAAGGUGCGGCAGGACCCACCGCGGCGCAGAGGCGGAGAAUUAUCUUCGGACAAAGAAUCAUGAGUCCCCUCUACGAAUACUGCGUAGCGGCGUGUGGGGGUGCGGGCCUACCGAGUCCAGAAGAAUCGAUGCGAAUGGGGGUGCGAGCCGGUGAGUGGGUGGACCAGCAACUGCAGCGCCAGGGUCAAGGAGCGCAGCAACAUGUGAACCCCGACGAAGUCAUCCAGCCCAUGUAG